AAUCAAGUAAAAAAAGGGAUUUUAGUUGGAGCAAAAUUUUAAAUCAAAAUUUUCCAUGAUAAUUGAAAUAAUUUAAUGAUUUCAAUUAAACUGCAUCUUUUUAAAUUUGGUACUUUACUGAAUUUAUGAUUGGCUACUUUCAUAAAUAGCUUUGUCAGCUGUUUUUAGUUCACUUGACAUUUUUGACAAUUUUUGUUGCAUUGUUGAUAUUUGAAAUGGAUGAAAGUAAAGGUACACCAGAAAGUGAUUUCAGUAUAGAAUGUUUUCAAAAUUAUGCAGCUCCUGAAGUUUUUAUUCAAGGACUUGCAGGGAUAGUGGAUCAACAAGAUGUUGAAACUAUGAUUAGAGCUCAAAAACAAAUGUUACAACGUUUUGAAAAAACUAAUGAAAUGUUAACAAAUUGCAAUGCAUUGAGUAUUUCGAGGCUGAAAACAGUAGGACCAGAAUUUAAAAAACAUAUUCAACUUCUUUCGGAAACUAAAAAAGAUCUAGAUUACAUAUUUAAGAAAAUUAGGGUGAUUAAGACAAAACUUUCCUCACAAUAUCCAGAAGCUUUUGCAGAGGCAGUAAGAAGCAGUUUUGCAGAAGAAUGCGAAGAAGAUGAAAACGAACAUGAAAAUAAACAAAAAUUAGAUAAUAACAGAAGAAGUUUACAUAUUAAAUCUGAGAAUGUACAAUCACAAUUUGAUGCAAGUAGAAGAGCCUCUGAAUAAUGUAAUUAUAGGAAUAUUUAUUUAAAUUAAUAUUUAUUAUUAUUUUUAUAAUUAUUUUUGUUAUUUGUUGAUUUUAACAUUGAGAGAAGAUAAUAAACUGAUAUAAC